UUUCGGUUGGUGAGUAGCCGGUUGGCGUGGAUCCUCGGAAGAUGGUCUACGGAUAUAUAACCCGGCGUGGCUGCUAUACCAGUGCAUUGUAUCAUCGAGAAGCAUAGUGAAAAGAUCGAAAGCGAACAAAAGCUUCCCCUACUUUACAAGCAGUAGCAGUUCUUAUUCUUAUCCAAACUAGCAACAAUGAAGUGUCUGAUCGUUCUCGCUGCUCUGAUUGCCAUCGCGGCCUGUGCCCCCUCGGGUGAUAUCGAGCUCCGCAACCUGGACAUCGACCAUGCCGGUCUGGUGGACGGUUCGUAUAGCUUCAGCUACGACCAGUCCGACAACCACAAGCGCGAGGAGUCGGCCGUACUGAAGACGGUGAAGAACAUCGACAACGAGGAUGUGCCGGCACUAGCCAUCACGGGCCAAUACGAGUUCACCGAUCCGGACGGUAAGCGCUACCUCGUCAAGUAUGUCGCCGACGAGAAUGGUUUCAACCCAACCAUCACCGAGCCCUAAGUGAGCCGGGACGAUACGUACCAUGCGCAUACCACCAUUUCUGUGUCCGCGUUAGCUUCCGUACGGCGGAAGUAUCGUUCGCCAAUCUUACAAAGAUGCCCCUUUUUUGUGCAGGGGAACGUUAAAAAACCCACUACCAUUCGUGUUGAGAGAUAAACUUUGAUGCGAAAAACUAAACAAACAAAAAAAAAUAUAUAAAAUUUUCCAAAAAAAAGA